ACCUAGAGACGCUUCACUGAGACUCAGGGCACUGGGCAGGGAAUCCGGGUCCUCAAACAAACCCCAACCAAACACUUUCAACCGGUCUGGAUUGCUGGAUUCACGUGGUCGUCUCUUUCAUCAGCCCAGCUGACUAGUGUGGGGACUUAGGCUCUCCUCUACCAGUCUGCCCUCCUCAGCCAGAAAGUCUGCUAGGGAGAUGAUCUUCCCUUCUUACCUGUCUCUUUUGCUGAAGCCAUCAUGCUAUGCAGUGAAAUCUCUUUUCUGGCACCUAUGGCCCUGAGUGUCAAUGACAAAUCUCGAGGCAUAAAUAGCUGUGGAAAAAAAGCCUUUAUCCUAUUGGCCUGUGGAGAACUACUGAACAGCCAUGAAGAUCUUCCUUUUCCUAGUUCUCAUCGAAGCUACUGCUGCUGUCCCCAGUAAUGAUAGUGAUGACAAGAUUAUUAGAGGCUAUGCAUGUGGGAACAACUCUGUCCCCUACCAGGUGUCCCUGAAUGCUGGCUACCACUUGUGUGGGGGCUCUCUUGUCAGUGACCAGUGGGUACUGACUGCUGCUCACUGCUAUAAGCCCCAACUACAGGUUCGUCUGGGAGAAUCAAACAUUCGUAAAGUUGAGGGUAGUGAGCAAAUCGUUUAUGCAUCCAAGAUCAUCCCCCACCCCAAAUACGACAAUGACACCACUGAUAAUGACAUCAUGCUGAUUAAACUGAACUCGCCAGCCACCAUCAACUCUCGCGUGUCCACUGUCUCUCUGCCAAACUCCUGUCCAACUUUUGAUACUGAAUGCCUUGUGUCAGGCUGGGAUGACACAGUGAACGUGGGAAACAGCUUCUCUUCAGAUCUUCAGUGUCUGAAUGCCCCGAUCCUGUCAGACUCUGUUUGCCACAGUGACUACCCACAUCAGAUCACAAGAAACAUGUUCUGUGUUGGCGUUGUGGAAGAGGGAAAGGAUACCUGCCAGUAUGAUUCCGGUGGCCCCGUGGUCUGUAAUAGAGAACUCCAAGGGGUUGUCUCCUGGGGUGCUAACUGUGGUGAGAAAGGGAAGCCUGGUGUAUCUACCAAAGUGUGCAACUACCUGGAAUGGAUUCAGCGGACCAUUGAGGCCAAUUAAGUGUCUUUCCCGAGCCACUCUUUCAGUCAGCUGCACUUUCCCACUGUGCCCGACACGGGUGUGGAAAUAAAAACAUUGUAUUCUGCCGUA